GGGGCGUCGCUGCAAAAUCGACAUCAUGGUUUAUGUUCAGCCCCCCCUCUUACUCUCCAAGUGAGUCAAGUGAUCCCUUGGAGAAGUCCUUGUUGCAAUUCUUCAGCCUACAGUCCAGAUUGCUUGUGCACUGUGGAAACUUCAACCUAAACCAUGAGUCGAUGCCAUGGGCCAGACAUGCAGGCUUUGGGCAGGACUUGUUGCGACGUAUUUUGAAUCACAAAGAAAGGCCCUUGGAAGCGGAUGAUGCUCAGCACUACUUACAGGGUAUUUUCCGUCAUUUGCUGAAGGACAGCGCAGUGGUCAUGGUCCCAGAGGCGAGCUUGGGUCCUUUGUCACUACAGGAUGAAGCUACUGAGCACCUGACGUAUCGUUUGAUGAAAACACCCUGCAACCGCAUCGAGUGGGACGUCGAUUUGAUGGACAGCCAACAUCUCUGUGUCACGGAGAUCGAAGAAUUGGCCCUGGGUUCCGAUAUCAUUUGGUCCAUGAGACGCCAAGGUCACGAGCUUGAUGAGCAAAAGGCAAGCAAACUGUUGAACACAGUGCGGCUGCUUCUCCCAGUGGCAUCCAAAGUAUCUCAUGAUCCUGAAGAUGAGUACCUUACAGAGCUUUUUCAGGAGGACGCCUGCUACUUCGAAGAGCAUGGCUGCUACCCUCCAGACUUCUGAGGUAGAUGAAUAUGUGGGAUAUAUGCCCCAUUUUCGCAGUAUAUCGCAGUAUUGCUCGGGAGGUUCCAAGAUUUCAAGUGGAGCCAACCUUCACAGAAUUUGAAGAGCAAUGACAAUGAAUUUGUGCAAAUUUGAGUGUUGCUGCCGUUGCUCGUGGCAUGUACAGGCCUGUGUGACCAGUCUUUACAAAGCUUGCAAUCACCACAGUGGCAACUCUGCUUUGUGCAUUGAUUCAGCACAAUACUCUUGGAUUUUGGAAAUGGGG